AUGGGGGACUGGAAUCUACUGGGAAAGCUUCUGGAAAAUGCCCAGGAGCAUUCCACCGUGGUAGGUAAGGUGUGGCUCACAGUCCUGUUCAUCUUCCGCAUCCUGAUCCUGAGCGCCGCCACGGAGAAGGUGUGGGGCGACGAGCAGUCGGGCUUCACCUGCGACACGAAGCAGCCCGGUUGCGAAAACGUGUGCUACGACAUCACUUUUCCAAUCUCCCAUGUUCGCUUCUGGGUGCUGCAGAUCAUUUUUGUGUCCACUCCUACACUGAUCUACCUGGGUCACAUCCUGCACCUGGUGCGCAUGGAGGAGAAGCAGAAGGAGAAAGCGAAAAAUCUAGAGCAUCCUCUAGAGAAGCCAGCCCUCCUUGUUGCUGCACACAAGCACAAAAAGGUCCUCAUGAGGGAUGAGAAAGGACAUGUCCGCCUGCAGGGGGAGCUCUUGCGCACAUAUGUCUUCAAUGUCAUAUUUAAGACCCUCUUUGAGGUGGGCUUUAUUGUGGCGCAGUACCUGUUGUACGGGUUCGAGCUGAAGCCCAUGUACACAUGCGACAGGCCGCCGUGCCCCAAUGUAGUCAACUGCUACAUCUCCCGUCCCACCGAGAAAACCAUCUUCAUCAUCUUUAUGCUUGGCGUGGCCAGCGUUUCCCUAUUCCUCAACCUCAUUGAGAUUUAUCACCUUGGUUUCACCAAAUGCCGGCAGGGCAUCACCUUCAGGAGAGGCAACCAGUCACCCGACACAAUCUCCAAGGGACACAGUGACCCCGAAGUGCCAUUUGGCCCGACAUAUGACGACUACUUUCAUGAGCAUCGCCCUCCCAGCUACAACCUCUCGCCUCUUUCCGAUGGCACCGACUCAUCCUUUCACCCCUGUAAUAGCAAAGCGGCCUACAAACAAAAUAAAGACAAUUUAGCUGUGGAAAGGAGUGGUAGCAAGACUGAGGAAUGUGACCUGAAAGGGAAGAAGCAAACGGGAGCUGCCCCCGGGUCACCCACGCAAAGCAGGCAAGGCCGCAGUGCCAAGCACAGCAACAACAAGUCUAGAUUAGACGAUCUGAAGAUAUGA